AUGUCAGAACGGGGUCCAGAUCAAUGGCUAGAACAAAUAAAGAAAUGUGUUCCAUUAGCUGAAUCAGAUAUGAAACAAUUAUGUGAAUUAGUAAAAGAAUUAUUAAUGGAAGAAUCUAAUAUUCAACCUGUUCAAAGUCCUGUUACAGUUUGUGGUGAUAUUCAUGGUCAAUUUCAUGAUUUAUUAGAAUUAUUUAGAAUUUCUGGUGGUAUACCUUGUGAUGAUAAUCAAACAAAUUUUAUAUUUUUAGGUGAUUAUGUUGAUCGUGGUUAUUUUUCAUUAGAAACUUUUACUUUAUUGAUGGUUUUAAAAGUUAAAUAUCCAAAUAGAAUUACUUUAGUUAGAGGUAAUCAUGAAUCAAGACAAAUUACUCAAGUUUAUGGAUUUUAUGAAGAAUGUUUAACAAAGUAUGGUUCGACAACAGUCUGGAAAUAUUGCUGUCAAGUUUUUGAUUUUUUAACAUUAGCAGCUAUAAUUGAUGGUAAAAUUUUAUGUGUUCAUGGUGGUUUGUCGCCAGAAAUUAGAAUGUUGGAUCAAAUUAGAGUUUUGUCAAGAGCUCAAGAAGUUCCUCAUGAAGGUGGAUUUUGUGAUUUAGUUUGGAGUGACCCCGAUAAUGUUGAUACUUGGGCAGUCUCACCAAGAGGUGCUGGUUGGUUAUUUGGUUCAAAAGUUUCAAGAGAAUUUAAUCAUAUAAAUGAUUUACAAUUAAUUGCAAGAGCUCAUCAAUUAGUAAUGGAAGGUUUUAGAUAUCAUUUUAAAGAAAAAGAUGUUGUUACAGUUUGGUCUGCUCCGAAUUAUUGUUAUAGAUGUGGUAAUGUUGCAAGUGUAAUGCAAAUUGAUGAAGAUUUAGAACCAAAUUUUAAAAUUUUUAGUGCUGUACAAGACGGUGAUUUAAAUUUAAAAAAUAAUGCAACAAAAUCACAAAGAAGUGAUUAUUUUUUAUGA